UCCGAAGGAUCGAAGGGUGUUUGUCUCUGCUGCUCCUUCCUGUUUCCAUGGGAAUCUGGAGGGGGAGGGCGGUUCUCUGCUUACGGCAUUUGCAGGCAGAGCCUUGUGUCUUCAUGGAGGAAGUAGAAGGAAGGAAGGAAGUGGGAAGAAAGGAAUUGCUAGGAGGGGAAGGCAUGGUGUUGGCACGUGACCAUCCAAAGCAAGCUCAUUCAGCAAGAAUCGUCCCACUUUGGGGCUCUGCCUAGUAGAAGCCUUGCAGAUUCUCAUUGUCCUUUACCUAAAGGUUUAUGCUGCUGAAGACCAUGCUUCUGAAGUUUCCUUGCAGCUUGUCCUCCACAGUCUUAGGGAUUUCCAGGACGUAAAGAUCCAUCAUCCCUUCCAUGGGAGGAAUGUUGGAGUUAGUCAAGUGCACAUGCCCUUCCUUAUCAUCUUGGGGCCUGGCAUGUCAUGUUAAAUCCUUCAAUAUAUCCCAUUUGGAUAGGCUCAAAUGCUGAAGAUUUAGCACUUGCUCACUGAAAACAAGGGAGUUGAUGGGAUAUCAAGACUUACCACUGAUCUGGGAGGAAUGUCAGCAGUCAUCUUGUGGAGCCUUUCUCUAUCAUCUGGGGAGCUGCCCAACAAGGCUACAGCCUCUACUAACUCCUCUUGCCAUAGGAUUGUUACCUCAGCUUGUUGUUUUGGUUCUUUGAAGUGAACCUUUCACAGGGUCACAGAUCUAAAACCAGAAGUGACCUGAGGGACUGUGGAGUUCCAACACUAUCAUUUUGUUGCUGAAGAGACUGUUGAGACUUGCUCAGAGUCCAAAACAGUUCAGGGGAGCAGCAGGGAAGAACAACAUCUCCAACCUGGACUGCUUUUCAGGUGACCUCACUCCAUUCCUAGCAGCAGAAUUCCUCACUGAAUCUUGGCCCUCUAGUGGCCUGAGUUGAUCUCAGUUUUGCUAGAUUCCCUGAGGCUAAGAGACUCCGCCCCAUCUUCCUCACAGGAGCAGCUUUAACCAGAACCUCAGCCAACACAGGUGCAGAGGCACCUGUCAAUUCCUUCAGCACCAUGGACCUCCAGCCUUAUGAAGACAAAGACAAUCAGAGUGUAGCCACAUACAUACCUUUAUUUACUACUGACCCAGUGCAAACAUUUACUAUUCAAGACAAGGACAGUCUGCAGACAGCCACAUAUGUACCUAUAUAUACCACUGACCCAAUACAAGCAUAUACUUUGCAGGGAAAAGACGUUCUGCAUACAGGCUCCUCCUACGCACCCUUAUACUCACUUGGGACAAUGGAAACACAGACUCCUCAAGAGAAGGACAAUCAACCUGUUGCCUCAUAUAUACCCAUAUAUUCUCUUGGCACAGUGCAAACAAAUUCUUUGCAAGAACUUCCUGAAGCCCCCCUUGAUUCAAUAAGCCAGCCUGAUCCUGGAACCACAAUGAGUGAGUGUCAAGAUUUUACCACUCCAGACUGUGCAGAAGAAACAUGCCCACCGAUAUUUGCUCUUGAACCAGUACAAGCUUUAGAAGACAGUGACAACCCACAAGAUGUUACAAGUACCUUUAUGUCUUUCUUCUCUACUGAACCAUUACAAAUAACUGAAGACCAAGACACUGAGACCCUGUGUAUGGUGGAUGAAGGGUGUGGCAGCACUGCAGGAGAUGGAUGUCAGGGCUCUGAUGAUGGCUCAGAGGGAAGUGCUCAGAGUUGGGAGCAGAAGCAAGUGGACCUCAAGACCCUGGAGGGAGAAUUCGCCAUCACAAUGUGGGCCACGGAGGAAGAAAACAAGCUGGUCUCUGAGACAGUGGUAGAGGAUCAGGAGCUCCCAGAAGAAGCUCUAUCUCUGGAGGUGCCUGAUGAUCUGACUCCAAAGGAGCUCCCGCAGGAAGGACUGACUCUCAUCAAUCUCUCUGAUCCCAAACAACUGGCUGAAUUUAUCCAUCAAAAUAAGUCGCCUAAUGAAGUGGAGAAAAAGCUGCCUUGCCCUCAUGAAGAAUGCCCCAAGCUGUUCAGAGAUAACUCUGCCCUUCGGAAACAUCUGCAUACCCAUGGGCCCAAGGGUCACGUCUGCGCAGAAUGUGGAAAAGCUUUCGUCGAGAGUUCCAAGCUAAAGCGACAUAAAUUAGUCCAUACUGGAGAAAAGCCCUUUCAGUGCAUGUACAAAGGUUGUGAGAAGCGCUUCUCACUGGACUUCAACCUACGUACGCACAUGCGUAUCCACACUGGAGAUCGCCCCUACGCGUGCCCCUUUGAUGGAUGUACCAAGAUGUUUGCCCAGUCAACCAACCUGAAGUCUCAUAUCCUGACCCAUGGAAAGCCAAAAUGCAGCAAGUAAAAAGAAAAGGGAAGAAGGUGCUUUCACUGAUAGGAAUACGAGUGGAAAUAAACAUAGGUUCCCUUUGUUGUAACAUUGAUAGAAAAGAAAUUUUCUAAAUCAAAUCCCAUCCACAUGGUUCUAUAGGUUCACCUUAUCCAAGAGAAAUCACUGUCUUUGUCUCCUCCUCCACCUCUCAGUUCUCUAUUUCUGUGUCCCACUACUUCUGCAGUAAUUCUGGCUCACUCUUCCUUCUACCUUCCCACCCCAUAUCUAAUAAGUUGUCAAGUUUGGUGAUCCUAUUCCUACAAGCCCUUACAUGGAUCCCUUUCUCUCCACUCAUAAGGAUACCACCCCAGCUUAUGGCUUGAUCUCCUCUCCACUGGACAUUGCAACUGUGUCUUAAUUGAGUUCCCUGCUUCUGGUCUCACCUUCCUUUCAAUCCAGACUCUGCCCUACACGCAAAAUGUCCUCCCUCCUUAACCUCAGCUUAUCAGAUUCCUUUCCUGAUCUCCCUAGUUUUAACUCUCCCAAGCCCAGAAGAUAUUAGUGUUUGCUGUUUGUUCAAGUUAUCUUGUAAUUUAACUUCUGUGUUUACAUGUUAUUUCUCCGAUGGAUUGUGAACCCCUCGAGGGAACGGGGGUGUUUCCAAAAUUUGCCUCUGUAUGUAAAGAGUUAUUGAUGACAAACAAUAAA